AUGACGGACUCAAAGUACUUCACCACCACGAAGAAAGGGGAGAUAUUUGAGCUGAAAGCUGAACUGAACAGUGACAAGAAGGAGAAGAAGAAGGAGGCAGUGAAGAAGGUGAUAGCGUCCAUGACGGUCGGCAAGGACGUCAGUGCUCUCUUCCCAGACGUGGUGAACUGCAUGCAGACAGACAACCUGGAGCUGAAGAAGCUGGUCUACCUCUACCUGAUGAACUAUGCCAAGAGCCAGCCUGACAUGGCCAUCAUGGCAGUCAACACAUUCGUGAAGGACUGUGAGGACCCCAACCCCCUGAUCCGUGCCCUGGCCGUGCGCACCAUGGGCUGCAUCAGGGUGGACAAGAUCACAGAGUAUCUGUGUGAGCCCCUGCGGAAGUGCCUGAAGGACGAGGAUCCCUACGUGCGCAAAACGGCCGCCGUCUGCGUGGCCAAACUGCACGACAUCAACGCCCAGCUGGUGGAGGACCAAGGCUUCCUGGACACCCUGAAGGACCUCAUCUCUGACUCCAACCCCAUGGUGGUGGCCAACGCGGUGGCCGCGCUCUCGGAGAUCGCGGAGUCUCACCCCAGCAGCAACCUGCUGGACCUCAACCCCCAGUCCAUCAACAAGCUCCUCACUGCCCUGAAUGAGUGCACCGAGUGGGGCCAGAUCUUCAUCCUGGACUGCCUGGCAAACUACAUGCCCAAGGAUGACCGGGAAGCCCAGAGCAUCUGCGAGCGGGUGACGCCCCGGCUGUCCCAUGCCAACUCUGCCGUGGUGCUCUCGGCCGUCAAGGUCCUGAUGAAGUUCAUGGAGAUGCUGUCCAAGGACCUGGAUUAUUAUGGCACCCUGCUGAAGAAGCUGGCCCCACCACUGGUCACCCUGCUCUCUGCAGAGCCCGAGCUGCAGUACGUGGCUCUGCGCAACAUCAACCUCAUUGUGCAGAAGAGGCCUGAGAUCCUGAAGCACGAGAUGAAGGUGUUCUUUGUGAAGUACAAUGACCCCAUCUAUGUCAAACUGGAGAAGCUGGACAUCAUGAUCCGUUUGGCUUCCCAGGCCAACAUUGCUCAGGUGCUGGCAGAGCUGAAGGAAUAUGCCACUGAGGUGGACGUGGACUUCGUGAGGAAGGCGGUUCGGGCCAUCGGCCGCUGCGCCAUCAAGGUGGAGCAAUCGGCUGAGCGCUGUGUCAGCACCCUGCUGGACCUCAUCCAGACCAAGGUCAACUAUGUGGUGCAGGAGGCCAUCGUGGUCAUCAAGGACAUCUUCCGCAAGUACCCCAACAAGUAUGAGAGUGUGAUUGCCACCCUCUGUGAGAACCUGGACUCCCUGGAUGAGCCUGAGGCCCGAGCUGCCAUGAUCUGGAUCGUGGGGGAAUACGCCGAGAGGAUCGACAACGCCGACGAGCUGCUGGAGAGCUUCCUGGAGGGCUUCCAUGAUGAGAGCACCCAGGUCCAGCUGCAGCUGCUGACAGCCAUCGUGAAGCUGUUCCUCAAGAAGCCCACAGAGACACAGGAGCUGGUGCAGCAGGUGCUGAGCUUGGCCACGCAGGACUCGGACAACCCCGACCUGCGGGACCGUGGCUACAUCUACUGGCGCCUGCUCUCCACGGAUCCGGUGGCUGCCAAGGAGGUGGUGCUGGCUGAGAAGCCCCUCAUCUCAGAGGAGACAGAUCUGAUUGAGCCCACCCUCCUGGACGAGCUGAUCUGCUACAUUGGGACACUGGCCUCUGUCUACCACAAACCUCCCAGCGCCUUCGUGGAGGGGAGCAGGGGGGUGGUGCACAAGAGUUUGCCCCCGCGAACGGGCUCGAUUGAGAGCCCGGAGAGCCCAGAUGCAGCCCCCCCAGGGGUGCAGGGGACGGAGCAACCAGCUGUCAUCCCCACCCAGGGUGACCUGCUGGGUGACCUGCUGAAUCUGGACCUGGGCCCACCAGUGAGCGGGCCCCCCAUGGCCCCCGCCGUGCAGAUGGGCGCCGUGGACCUCCUGGGAGGUGGCUUGGACAGCCUGGUAUGUCCCAGCCUCGUGGGCUCCUUCCCCACUGCCCUGGUGGCAUUAUGCGCGAUGCCUGCAAACCUGGGGGCACCCCUGGGCAGUGGGCUGGGAGACCUCUUCGACCUGACUGGUGGGGUGGGGACCCUCUCAGGAUCCUACGUGGCACCCAAAACGGUCUGGCUCCCUGCCAUGAAAGCCAAGGGGCUGGAGAUCUCUGGCACCUUCAGCAGGCAGGUGGGUUCCAUCUCCAUGGACCUUGUCCUGACCAACAAGGCCCUGCAGGUCAUGUCUGACUUUGCCAUCCAGUUCAACCGCAACAGCUUUGGCCUGGCCCCAGCAGCUCCUCUCCAGGUCCAUGCUCCCCUGGCCCCCAACCAGUCGGUGGAGAUCUCCCUCCCGCUGAACACCGUGGGCUCCGUCAUGAAGAUGGACCCUCUGAACAACCUCCAGGUCGCGGUGAAAAACAACAUCGACGUCUUCUACUUCAGCACCCUGUACCCCCUGCACAUCCUCUUCGUGGAGGAUGGCAAGAUGGAGAGGCAGAUGUUCCUGGCCACUUGGAAGGACAUUCCCAAUGAGAACGAGGCCCAGUUCCAGAUCAAAGACUGUUCUCUCAGUGCAGAUGCUGUCAGCAACAAGCUCCAAGGCAGCAACAUCUUCACCAUUGCCAAGAGGAACGUGGAGGGCCAGGACAUGCUCUACCAGUCCCUGAAGCUCACCAAUGGCAUCUGGGUGCUGGCUGAGCUCAGGAUCCAGCCCAGCAAUCCCAGUUUCACGGACCUGGAGUUGUCCCUGAAAUGCCGAGCACCAGAGGUGUCCCAGUACAUCUACCAAGCCUAUGAAACCAUCCUGAAGAACUAA